UCCGCGCCGCGCGGUGUGCACUACAGUUACUGGGUAAGGCGCGCGUGUGUAAUUCUUAGUCUUCAUCGUCAUUAUAUUUGUGCUAACCACUUGGUAUUGCCUUGACACAGCGCGCGUGAAAACAAUUAUCGGUGUAUGUCUCUUGAAAAAUAACGGUGCUAACUGAUGCCUACCUUGCUUUGGAUUUAAUGCUCGCGAAAGCAUUUCAGUGUUUUCUACAGUUCUCUGCACUUAUUGUGGAUUACUCGUUCAGGAAUUUUCCGUCGGAUAUCAGCAGAAAAGUGAUUACGGAUGUGUGUACCACUUAGUACAAUGAUGUUUGGUCGGGAACGAUUGAUGCACAGUUUUGGUCUAGUCAAUGAUCAAUCAUGCGGAUAGUCAGUCUGAUAGUCGAAAUUUCGUGUACCGAGUUAGUGGCCCUGCGCAUUGCAAGUAGUUACUGGCGAUUAUAAUCAGACACUAGUGAGUAGAUUGUCGCUGCAUUGGAAGAAACUUGUCGCAGGCUGAGUUUCUGGAUGUUGGAGGAUCAUCAUCCUGGAGUGAACGAAUGCGAAGCGACGCAACGCGUGUGUUAAGUGUGGACGGUGUUUGUAGUGCUCCCUGACAAGCAGUAUUGAAUUCAGUAUUGAAUUCCGGGAAUUAAGAUUUACUUAAUUGAAAAUUGAGGUGAAAUUUGAAAUUGAGAAGAAGUUGCAGUUGUCGGUUGUCGUGUGUGUAGUGGAAGGCUGUCCCACAUGUUGUCAUCGGACUCAGUAAAGUGCCCGCUGACCUGAGCGGAUACCUGGCCCCAAGAUUCGGGCCCCGUGGCGUGUGGAGGACUUUGGAGGCGAGGCGCGGGUGGCUGGGUGCGACUUUGUCGCGUCUAAGGUGGAGCGUCCGGGCAGCACGACGACGCUCAACUUCACGGACCUGGGGAGCCCAUUCGGGGCGGGCGACCCCUGUCCGUCGAGUACCCCGACCCCGAACAGCAUGUCGGGUGGCGGUCCGUCGGGCGGAGGAGGCGGCGGAACCGGGGGCGGUGGAGGAGGCAGUGGUGGAGGCGGCGGCGGGUCCGACAUGGAGCAGCACCUGCAUCAUUCGGGUCUAGGUUCGGUGACACCCGGGCCACCCGGGGGCACCGGCGGCGACAGUGCCUCCAGCACCCCAGUCUCCCAAAGCGGCAAGUCCGCAUUUAUCGAACUUCAGCACAAUAACCUGUACAAUCCCGCCGGCCUCCGCGGCGGAUAUCCCGGAAGCCACAAUGUCCCCAGUGCACAUCAGUUUUCUCACCAAGUCAGUUCGCUCGGACAUCAGGGCUCGGGACCCGGCAGUGGCAAUCAACAGCAUGCUGAUGCCGGAUUCCCCAGUCCUAGGUCGGCCCUAGCCGGAUAUCCGUUCGCGCCCAUGCAUCAGCACAACGCCUAUGGAUAUCACCUGGGAUCGUACGCUCCCCAAUGUCCCUCACCGCCCAAGGACGGGUGGUGUAUGUUCACAGACCUCUCGCCUUUGGGUGAUAAGGGCGGAAGCCUCGUAGACGAAUUAGGAGGCGGUGGCGGUGGAUCCCUUAGGAAUGGCAAAGGAAAGAAGAUGAGAAAGCCAAGAACUAUCUACAGCAGUCUUCAGCUUCAACAACUGAAUAGGCGAUUUCAAAGAACGCAGUAUUUGGCACUACCAGAACGAGCGGAACUCGCAGCCAGUUUGGGUUUGACGCAAACACAGGUGAAGAUAUGGUUUCAAAAUAGAAGGAGUAAAUAUAAAAAGAUGAUGAAAGCGGCUCAGCAGGGAGGAGGUGGCGGUGGCGGCGGUCAACAUGGGAAUAUUCUAGCCGGUGGUACGACGCUGCCUGGAGGACCGUCUCCACAGCCUGGUCAACCUGGAGGUCUGAUGCAAGGAGGAGGCGGCAGUUCGGUGUCAGGAAGCCCAACGACGGGAUACCUGGGUGGCAUGGGCGGCGGCGGUGGGGGUCACACCCCCGGCAGUUCGAGUCCUGGGAGCGAGAUGUCGCCCCAGCACAACGAGAGUCCUCCUGCUCCCGCCUGGCCAGGAGAGAUGAAGCACCAUCCGCACCCUCAUGCACCGCCUCACACCCAUCACCAUCCUCAUACGCCCGGUCAUCAUCCACCACCCCCGCCGCCACCCCCGCACCACGCGGGCUACAUGCCGCAGUACUCUUGGUACCAGGCGGAUCCUAAUCCAGGAUUACUCACAGUUUGGCCAGCAGUUUAACGAAGACGUGUAAUCUAAUGAAGCAUUGUUCAAGAGGGAGCUUCUCGUAACCCAAAGGACACCCAGUGCCCAAAGUGUUUAUACAUAGCCUCGAGAGAUCGAGUAAUGUUAAUAAUAUUCUCUGUAGAAAUUGUCAUGUCGCUUCACGCACACGGAAUUCGCUGUUCAAGUAUGUGGUGCGACGUUGCGAUUUCAGCGAUAGGUGAAAUUAAUUGAAAUGUUGACUUUACCUUGGUUAGAAGGAAGGUUUUUGUAAAGUGCGCGUAUUUGAAUCGUCGUUUAUUAGAACAAUUCCAUGCGAAAUGCCGAAUAGUUGCGGACGAUCUUUUGAAUUUAGUGAUCAGUGCCCAGUGACGUCCGUCAAGUGAUAAUGUACAAAGAAACAUUUUGAGAUAAUAAAGAUCUCAAAGUGUCAAAAUACAGUCUCCUCGUUUGAUCGUGAAUUAAUGUAUAACUACUGGACAAAUCAAAGGCAAGUUUACCUCGAAAAAUUCUACUCAUAACUCAAUGAGGAUAAUGCACCGAAUAUGUUCUUGAAAAUUUAUAUUUUAAAAUAACUACAUGUCUGUAGUUAAAUAAAUUGAAGAGGGAAUUUUUAUUCGUGACAAAAAACAAAUUUUCACAUGUAACAAUAAUCGUGGACCAUUUGAAAAUUAUCUUGAAUUAUUUCGUUAAACUAGUCGACAAUGUAUUGUAUAUCCAAAUGUGAGUACAAUACUUAAAAUAAGUUUUUCAAAUAGAAAUUUUCCAAUUAAAUUGGAAUUCAAAACAUUUGACAAUAAAACGAUUCAAGUUGAGAGUAUUACGCGAUUAAAAUUAGUUUCGUCAAUGAUAAUUUUCAAAUGAUUUGAAACUCUUUCUUCUUCGUCGAACGCUCAGAAUUCAAUCAAAAGGGAAGAUGUUUUUUUUUGUAUUUUCAAAUUGGUACAAGAAACGACAAUUUUCUUUGCAGUAUCAUUUAAAGUCAACUCAGAUUUCGCACAUCUAAAAAAGCAACUUGGUCGAUUACUGAUGAUUUCAAUUAAUAAGUCACUGAGCGACCUACUUCGUGAACUAAAUCACGUAAAUGAAAUUCUAAUGACAUUUUCGUAAGUCAAUUUUAUCGAGUCUUUUAUGAUGCAAUAACGCUAAACUUUGAGAAGUAACAAACUAUAAUAGUUAUUAGUGUAACAAAAAUUGUGAAUACACUAAUAUCGAGUAAAAAAUCAUUUCAAUCGUCUAAUUUUCGACAAUAUACAAACAUAUACAUGUAUAAUUGUAUAUAUAUACAUCUUCCUUAAAAAAUAUAAAUUUUUAAGAAUUUAAAAAUUUUUUUUACGGUCUGAAGAAUAAAUUUUUUUAAUCGCUAAUGAAAAUAUGUAAUAUUUUUUAAAUGCGAAAAGUGUUGAUAUUGAUUUGAAGCUUCUUUUUUACUCUUACUUUAAAUUUGAUUCUAACUUUAGAUCAAAUGAAUUAAAUUAAAAUUUAUAAAUUUUUUUCCUGUUAUAAAUGUAAAACUGUUUAAAAGUUUUUUCUUUUUUUGCACUUAAACUGUCUUUUUCCAUUACGCAAUGCGUCGGCUCAGAAAGAGACUCAAUAUGAGGUAAAAACCACAAAAAGAGCGAUUGCGUUCGCGAGUCACGAGAAUCACGAAGGACCGGUGAGCUCUGUCAGUGACCCAAAUCCAAGGCACGACAAUGGUAGCCUCAUGAGAAUGCGGUCUGAUAGAUCCUUUCUUUUUAGUCUCACUCUUUUUCUACUUGUAUUUUUUCCAGUGAAAGAAGAAAAGCAAAGAGGUUGAUCAAAACUUUAUUCACAAAUUCAAUUUUCAACAUAUUAUUUCUGCCAGAAUAAAAAAAAAUUAUGUGAUAUUCUUAUACAUAUUACACGUGUUGUAAUGUGGAACUGAUUCUUAUAAAAUCAUAGCUACUUCAAGUUCAAUCAUUUCAUAAAAAAUAGUGAACAAAAUUUACGGGAAAAAUGAAACUCUUGAAAUUUAAGCAGGUUGAUAUUAAAAAUAAUUAUUUAUAUUUUGUUUUAAAUUUUGACCUAUUUGGAAUGAAAUCAAAGUUCGACUCGCUUAAAUUUGAAGAAAGUGUUAUAUAAUAUUUGUUAUAAGUAAAAAUGUUUUUAUAAUAUAUUUUUAAAUUGAGAAUGAGAUAAAUUUCGAAAUAUGAUUUAUUUUUCGUAAAUGUAUUUAUAAAAAUUAAUUUAUUUGGUGAAUUUUCUAUUUUAUUCUUAAAGUACGCAUACAAUACAUUCGGUUUAUCGAUGAAUAAAAAUUAAACGCAAAAUGUCAUUACGAACUCAAGCAUAAUGUAUAGGCUAUUAAACGAACAGCGAAGUAGUCACAAGUCGUCGUCGUCGUCGUCGUCGUAAUAAUAACGAUAUAAAAUUCUUUCGGUGCAAUAAUACGAAGAAAAAAAAAAGAAUUGAGUAAUUUAAGAUAAAAUUUUUCUGUUCCUAAAUAAUGAAUAGAGGAGAUGUAUGAAUGAUGCGUGUUGAACUAAUAAAAGUAAAGACUAUUUGACGAGGCGUAGUUUUUCAAUUUGCGCGUGUGUUUGAUUAGACGAAUGUGUAUAAGGGGGAAAGGCGACAUUAAAAAACUCUGCGAGUCUAUACAGUUCUGUUUUCCUAGCAUUGCUAGUAUAUCGGUGGGAGAGACGAAAUUCAAUUGUGCGCAAACGGGUCGCAAGGCAAAUCGAUUUCAAUUGUAUAUACCAAGCCGGGACCCCUUAGCUUGUAAGAUAUAAGUGGAUCUAUGUAAAAUACGAUGUUGUGAUAAGAGUGUAAAAAUGGAGAAAAUUGUUUAUUUAGGGCAUGAAAACAGACCCUCCCCUAGUUAUCGAUUUCACUGAAUACCCUUGUACGAAAAUAGAUAUUACGGAAAACUAAAAUACCUUAAAUAUGAUUACUGUUGUAUAAAGUAUGAAUAAUAACUAAAUAAUUCAAUUUAA